AUGGAUGCCUACGAUAUCUUUAAAAAACUUACCAAGGGUUUAAAGUUUAAAUAUAGAGUACUAGGUGUUAAAAAUGAUACACAAAGCGCUAAAACUCCUCUAAAGAAAGACAUUGACAGUCAAAAAUCUCCAGAAAUUAAGGAGGAAAUUGAAGAAGAAGAGCCAGUUUUGUCUAAUAGUGAGAGUGAUUGUGAAAGCGGAAAAGAUGAUUUACACAUAGUAGAAGGUGUCAAAAUAGGAGAAAAAAGGAAAAAGAAGAUAAAAGACAAGCCAGAAGAUUUGAAAAAGAAAUUGGAGUUAGAAGAGCAAAACCGUUUCCGUAAUGAACAUGGCAUUAAGGCAGUUGGACGACAUGUGCCAAGCGCAUUGAAAGAUUUUUCAGAAUUGACGUCAAGAUACAAUGUCAGCAGUGCCCUGGUUGAAACCAUUACACAGUGUGGUUAUACAGAGCCUACACCUGUUCAGAGACAAGCACUGCCAUGCAUGUUGGAAGAUCGACAAAUACUAGCCUGUGCUCCAACAGGAUCUGGUAAGACAGCAGCAUUCCUUGUGCCACUAUUACAUGUACUGGGCGGAGCUCAAGGUGGACCCCGAGCCCUUAUACUAUGUCCUACACGGGAACUGGCUCACCAAAUAUAUCGUGAAGCUCUGCGGUUGAGUGCAUCCACACAGCUCAGAUGCUCUGUUAUCAGGAAUGUUAAAGAGAGCAAGGUCAAGGAACGAGAAGCUACUAUUAGGAAAAGCGAUAUCGUAAUAAGCACUCCAAACCGUCUUUGCUACUUGCUGAAUCAAGAUAAUGUAAAUAUAUCCUUGGACAAGGUCCGAUGGCUUAUCAUUGAUGAAGCUGACAAACUGUUCGAGGGUUCCGCUGAUCAGACGUCGGACUUCCGUCAGCAGUUGGAACAAGUGCUGACAGCAUGUGGAAGCAAACAGCGGAGAGUUGCCAUGUUCAGUGCCACCCACACACCCGCAGUCGCCAAAUGGUGCAGGCAUAACUUAAGAGGACUUAUUGCUAUCACUGUUGGGCAACGGAACGCUGCAACACAUUUAGUGGAACAAGAGCUCCUGUACUGCGGCAAUGAGAAUGGUAAGCUGGUGGCCUUCAGGCAGCUAGUGCAAAAGGGACUGAAGCCUCCGGUUCUAGUGUUCGUGCAGAGCAAAGACCGCGCCAAGCAGCUGUUCAAGGAGCUGAUAUAUGAUGGGAUCAACGUUGACGUCAUACACGCGGACAGAACUCAGACGCAGCGUGACAACGUAGUGCGCAGCUUCCGCGUGGGUCGCAUCUGGGUGCUGAUCUGCACGGAGCUGAUGGGCCGCGGGAUGGACUUCCGCGGGGUCAACCUCGUCAUCAACUACGACUUCCCACCUUCCGCCAUCUCAUAUAUACACAGGAUUGGUAGGGCGGGACGUGCGGGACAAUCGGGACGCGCCAUCACUUUCUUCACUCAAGAUGACGUCGUCAAUUUAAGGAGCAUCGCGUCCGUGAUGAAGCAAUCAGGCUGCGACGUACCGGAGUACAUGCUGAAGUUGAAGCAGAACCCUAACAAGAGGAAGAAGCUAAUGAAGAAGGCACCGCAUCGAGACAAGAUAUCCACUAUAUUGGAGAAACGCCCCGACAAGAGGAAAUUGGAAAGUGAAAAGGAUUUAAAUAAAGAAAACAGGGCGAAAGACACGCAAACUGUCAACGACGCAAGAAAUAAGAAACAAAGAAAGGUGUCCAGCCAAGAGCAGAAGAUCGUAAAGCAGAAAAAAGGCACAGACAAGAAAGAGAAUAAAAAAGGAAAGAAGAUUAAUAAGAAGAGAAAGAAAAAAGCGUUUGUAAAGCCGGCGGCGUCUAGUUGA